UCGUCUUCUAAAAUUCUCGAGACGUUCUGAACUUUUUCCUCCCAUCAUCCCCUUCAAUCUUCAACUCCAUCGCCAAUUCAUCCUUCUACCUUGCGACCAUUUCAUCCUAAUUUUGUAAUAAUAUCUUUGAUAAUAUUAACAUCAACGAUGUUGGCUUCUAAAUUUUCCAGAGCUCUUCCUCGAGCAACCACCUCCUUCACACGCACAGCCAACCGCGCACCAUUACUAUCCAAAUUCGCUCGCUAUGAGUCUACCGCUGCCGGUAGCGAGGAGAAGGUCAAGGGCCAGGUGAUCGGUAUUGAUCUGGGAACCACAAACUCUGCCGUUGCAGUGAUGGAGGGCAAGGUCCCAAGGAUUAUCGAGAACUCUGAAGGUGCCCGCACAACUCCCUCCGUCGUAGCAUUUGCGCAAGACGGUGAGCGUCUGGUCGGUGUGUCCGCAAAGCGUCAGGCUGUUGUCAACCCAGAGAACACCCUGUUCGCCACCAAGCGAUUGAUCGGAAGGAAGUUCACCGAUGUUGAGGUGCAGCGCGAUAUUAAGGAGGUCCCAUACAAGAUCGUCCAACACACAAACGGUGAUGCGUGGGUCUCGGCUCGCGGUGAGAAGUACUCGCCAUCGCAAGUUGGUGGAUUCGUUCUCCAGAAGAUGAAGGAGACCGCCGAGGCCUUCCUCAACAAGCCAAUCAAGAACGCCGUUGUUACCGUCCCGGCUUACUUCAACGACUCCCAGCGUCAAGCCACCAAGGAUGCCGGUCAAAUUGCUGGCCUUAACGUUCUCCGUGUCGUCAACGAACCUACCGCAGCAGCUCUCGCAUACGGUCUUGAAAAGGAGGAGGACAGAAUCAUCGCUGUCUACGAUCUUGGAGGAGGAACCUUCGAUAUCUCCGUCCUCGAGAUCCAGAAGGGCGUUUUCGAGGUUAAGUCCACCAAUGGUGACACUCACUUGGGUGGUGAGGAUUUCGAUAUCACCCUUGUUCGCCACCUUGUCCAAGACUUCAAGAAAACUUCUGGCAUCGAUCUGCAGGGUGACCGCAUGGCCAUCCAGAGAAUCCGUGAGGCUGCCGAGAAGGCCAAGAUUGAGCUGUCCUCUUCCAUGCAGACCGAUAUCAACCUUCCUUUCAUCACUGCCGAUUCUUCCGGACCAAAGCACAUCAACAUGAAGAUGACCAGGACCCAGCUUGAGGGCCUCGUUGACCCUCUCAUCAACCGCACCAUUGAGCCAGUCCGCAAGGCACUCAAGGAUGCUAACUUCCAGGCUAAGGACAUCCAGGAGGUUAUCCUCGUCGGUGGUAUGACCCGUAUGCCUAAGGUCGCCGAGUCCGUUAAGAGCAUCUUCGGCCGUGACCCAGCUAAGUCUGUCAACCCCGAUGAGGCCGUUGCUAUCGGAGCUGCUAUCCAGGGUGCUGUCCUGGCCGGUGAGGUUAUGGAUGUGCUCCUCCUUGAUGUCACCCCUCUGUCUCUUGGUAUUGAGACCCUUGGAGGUGUCUUCACCCGUCUCAUCAACCGCAACACCACCAUCCCCACCAAGAAGUCUCAGAUCUUCUCCACCGCCGCUGAUUUCCAGACUGCUGUUGAGAUCAAGGUCUAUCAGGGAGAGCGUGAGCUUGUCCGCGACAACAAGCUGCUCGGAAACUUCCAGCUCGUUGGUAUCCCACCAGCACACCGUGGUGUUCCUCAAAUUGAGGUCACUUUCGACAUUGAUGCCGAUUCUAUUGUCCACGUCCACGCCACCGACAAGGCUACCAACAAGGACCAGUCUAUCACACUGGCUUCCGGAUCUGGUCUCUCCGAUGAGGAGAUCCAGAGCAUGGUUAACGACUCUGAGAAGUACGCUGAGGCUGAUAAGGAGCGCAAGUCUGCUAUUGAGGCCGCCAACCGCUCGGACAGCGUCCUGAACGAUACCGAGAAGGCACUCAACGAGUUUGCCGACAGACUCGACAAGACCGAGGCUGAUCAGAUCCGCGAGAAGAUUGCCGCCCUUCGCGAGUUCGUCGCGAAGAGCCAGUCUGGUGAGGGUACCGCCACCGCUGCUGAGCUCAAGGAGAAGUCCGACGAGCUCCAGAUGGCCAGCUUGAACCUGUUCGAUAAGAUGCACAAGGCCCGUAACGAGUCUGGCCAGGCCGGUGAGGCCAAGCCAGAGGAGCCAAAGGAGGGUGAGAAGAAGGAGUAAGGGAUGUCACUACCAGGAUCGAAAACUACCAUUUUUUUUAUGUCACAGGAGCUUUGAUGUUGCAUAGAUGCGGCUCAUCGGGUUAUUGUACAUUUUGUACUCGUAAAUCGCGGUUUAAGCGGUAUUCUUUGUUGUAUUAGUUCUCCCAAUUGGGCACAGGUUUAUCAAGCUCGGGACGGAGGCGUUGUAUUAUACAGACAGAGAGCAUACGGGGGCAUUUCGAGAUAUGGAGCACGGCUCUCUAAGUGUACAAACAGAUUAAAAACGAAUAAUAUGAUGAAAUCCCCUCUCAUUGU